GGCAGAAUUCCAAGUUGACAGCUCAGAAAACAUGGAGGAGGAUACGACGAGUGUCACUGGUGAUGUCCUCAUUUUACCUCAUCCGGAUGAAUGUGUCUCUGCCAUGCGUUGCUCUAGUGAUGUUGUUCCUUCAAAACAUACUGCUGCUUCUUCGUCGACUCCCGGUGUUCGCAAGGCUUUAAAUCCGGCUGAGUUAUUGAAUUUGACCUCGAAAAAGAAGAGAAUGAUUCCUCCUCUUCCCCUGGUUCUUAAUGCUUCUGUAGAGGCGACCCAUCCAAGUCCUGCUCUUUCUGUUCCAAGCCUAAAUGCUGGUUUACCCAAACCUACUGCCCUUGUUAUCGAUUCUGCCACCAAUGUGCCGCAUAUGAAGGAUGAGAUGUCCCGACUCCUUCUCCCGGUUGCUCUUGAUGCGUU